UUAAAAGGAGCACAGCUGGAGGUAGCAUUUCCAUCUGAACAUGAUGUCAGAGCAGCUGACAGCCUGCCAUCCCUCAGCCUUUUAUUCUAACACACAGACAGGGAGUUAGUGUGUGCGGAUCUGUGUGUGGAGAAGGUAUCUCAUUCCUCUCUAACAUCAUCUCCACUUUGCAUCUGUCUCUCCUAGUCUGCUUUUUUUCCACCGAUCUAACAGAGCUGGAGCCAGCAAGACUCAGAGGAAAGGACUUAAUCAGGUUUAUGUGUACUAAAGUUUUAAUCGUCAAGGAAGGAGAAUAGGAAAAUACUUGGUUAUGAAGACAGCAUGGAGUUUCCUGACCACAGUAGACAUUUGCUACAGUGUCUGAGUGAGCAGAGACAUCAGGGUUUUCUUUGUGAUUGCACUGUUCUGGUAGGAGAUGCCCAGUUCCGAGCGCACAGAGCUGUCCUGGCUUCAUGCAGCAUGUAUUUCCACCUCUUUUACAAGGACCAGCUGGACAAAAGGGACAUUGUUCAUCUGAACAGCGACAUUGUUACAGCCCCAGCUUUCGCUCUCCUGCUUGAAUUCAUGUACGAAGGAAAGCUCCAGUUCAAAGACUUGCCCAUUGAAGACGUGCUCGCAGCUGCCAGUUAUCUCCACAUGUACGACAUCGUCAAAGUGUGCAAAAAGAAGCUGAAAGAGAAGGCGACCACGGAGGCCGACAGCACAAAGAAGGAGGAAGACGCCUCGAGUUGCUCGGACAAAGUGGAGAGCCUCUCCGACGGCAGCAGCCACAUGCCGGGAGACCUGCCCAGCGACGAAGACGAAGGGGAAGACGAAAAGCUGAACAUCCUGCCCGGCAAAAGAGACUUGGCGGCCGAGCCUGGGAACAUGUGGAUGAGAUUGCCCUCGGACUCAGCAGGCAUCCCCCAGGCUGGCGGAGAGGCAGAGACACACGCAGCAGCAGCUGGAAAAACAGUAGCCAGCCCCUGCAGCUCAACAGAGUCUUUGUCCCAGAGGUCUGUCACCUCCGUGAGGGAUUCAGCAGAUGUUGACUGCGUGCUGGACCUGUCUGUCAAGUCCAGCCUUUCAGGAGUUGAAAAUCUGAACAGUUCUUAUUUCUCUUCGCAGGACAUGCUUAGAAGCAGCCUGGUUCAGGUGAAGGUGGAGAAAGAGGCCUCCUGUGAUGAGAGUGAUGUUGGCACUAAUGACUAUGAUAUGGAACAUAGCACUGUGAAAGAAAGUGUGAGCACUAAUAACAGGGUACAGUAUGAGCCGGCCCACCUGGCUCCGAUGAGGGAAGAUUCGGUCUUGAGGGAGCUAGAUAGAGAGGACAAGGCAAGUGAUGAUGAGAUGAUAACUCCAGAGAAUGAGCGAGUCCAGGUGGAAGGAAACAUGGACAGCAGCCUGCUCCCUUACGUGUCCAACAUACUGAGCCCUGCUGGCCAGAUUUUUAUGUGUCCUCUCUGCAACAAAGUCUUUCCCAGUCCCCACAUCCUGCAGAUCCACUUAAGCACGCACUUUCGAGAGCAGGACGGGAUCCGCAGCAAGCCUGCCACUGAUGUCAAUGUCCCGACCUGCUCCUUGUGUGGUAAGACUUUCUCUUGCAUGUACACCUUGAAGCGCCACGAGAGGACUCACUCAGGUGAGAAGCCCUACACUUGCACCCAGUGUGGCAAGAGCUUCCAGUACUCCCACAACCUGAGCCGCCACGCGGUGGUUCACACGCGGGAGAAGCCGCACGCCUGUAAGUGGUGCGAGCGGAGGUUCACGCAGUCCGGAGACCUGUACAGACACAUUCGCAAGUUUCACUGUGAGCUGGUGAACUCAUUGUCUGUCAAAAGCGAAGCACUGAGCUUACCUGCUGUCAGAGACUGGACCUUAGAAGAUAGCUCGCAAGAACUUUGGAAAUGAAAUUUUUAUAUAUAUAAAUAAUAUAUAUAUAAAUCUAUAUAGUUGUGGUACAGUCUAAAAGCAAUCUUGUUUCCUUGAACUGAAAGUUUGGCUGUUAGCUUGUUUUUUGCACUUUAAGGCAGCAUGAGUAUUUCACUAAUUUAGCACUCUGAUGAUGAAAAUGAAGUUUUAGAGGUAAAACGGCAAAGCGAUAAACUGCGGAGCAUAUUUCCCCCUUUUUUGGAAUAUAAGCCAGUGAAUACUUCACUUUCGAAGAAGCUCAAAUUUGAAAAUUUUGACUUGGCUUUAUUCUCCUCAAAACACUGCAUUAUUUAAAGCUCUAGAUACUUUUUUUUCCUUCCGCUUUAAAGUCUGAAUGUAGAAAUCCUCUCCCGAUUUUAUCAGUUCCUUUACAUUUCUAAAAUUGCAUGAGUCCUUUCUAGCUGUUGGAAACCUGAAUGCUUUUAGACCCAAAUGGAAAAUUUCUGAAAUGCUGGAUUAUCUA